AUGGUCGUCCUCUUCGACCGAGCGCGCAGCUUCGGGAGGGACGCACAUGGAGCGGUGAGGGAGGAAGGGGACACCCGCCUAGCCAGCCAGAUCAGCCGAAUCAACCCUGGCGAUCAAUGGGGUGACAGAUGUCGCAACCAGAUCGCCCUCACAUCCCACACAUCCAUUCCUGAGGCCACAGGGCUAACGCCUCAGGAGGCGGGGAGGCUGCCUUGUGGGCCACAUGCAGAAGGGAGACAAUCACACCUUUACGUAAAUGUCGAAUCCCCUUCUCCACUUCCUGUUCCUGCCAGAGAGGGCCCCGGGUCUUCCACUGCUGGCACUGCCCACCUGCUUCCACACCACACCCCCUCAACUCCCCCACUUUCCCUCCCCCUGCGCUAA